UUUCUUAAUCUCUAUGAUUGUAGCAGACUAGCAGUAAUGUCAGCAUCUGACGACUGUCGUGUCAUGGUUUGCUACCAGACUAUAUUCUGCACAUUUUUUGUGUGUAGUGUUUGUGGCCUUUGUGUAUCCUACAAAAUUCACAAUUUCCUUUUCUCUCAAAUCUCAGUAUAUAAAUUCCACAGAGCUGUUUCCCUUCCAUCACCACAACAUAUAGCAGCCAGAAGUAGAACACCACUUCAACGUUGCCAAUUCAUUGUUUUAAUCACCAAAGCCAACAAAGGCAAAAAAAAAAAAAAAAAAAAAAAAAACAGCACCACCUAUUGCACUACAACUAUAAUCCGGAAAAUCCGUGAAAAUGACUCCAAAUCUGCAAAUAGUAACCAACGGAGGCAAACCGGAAAAUGAUGAAGCAGAACCCGUAUCACCUACCGGACAAUACUUCAACAGCAAAGUGUUGUCUGUUUGUGUCCUUGCCAUUCUAGAAAUUGAUGUUCCUAUAGAUGACUCGUGUGUAAUUCCACAACUCCGUGAUGUCUUCCUACCCAUGAACCCCAGAUUUUCAUCUAUCAUGAUAUCUGACAAUAAAGAUGUAAAACAAUGGAAAAGAGUGGAAGUGAACCUUCAAGAUCAUGUUGUCGUCCCUAGCGUCCCAGAUGGCUUAUCGGUUGAAUCAUACGACAAGUACUUUGAUGAAUAUCUGACAAAAAUAACAGUGGAUCCAUUACCACAGGAUAGGCCUUUAUGGGAACUUCAUGUUAUAAAAUACCCAACAAGCAAAGCAGCGGGUCAUUUCAUCUGGAAGCUUCACCAUGCACUUGGUGACGGCUACACUCUAAUGGGAGUACUUCUGUCCGGCGUGAACAGAGCAGAUGAUCCUUCCCUUCCGUUAACUUUCCCUUCAACACGAUCAAGCUCACUAGUUACAAACAACAAGAUGAAUAUUAUCAGCUGGGUGCCAAGAACUUUUUCAGCAAUCUACAACGGUGUUUAUAAUUUUGGAUGGAGUUUUCUAAAAAGCACUUGCAAGGCAGAUGAUAAGACACCUAUCAGAUCCGGAAAUGAAGGUCUGGGUUUCCACCCAAUGAAGAUCUCGACAAUAGAACUAUCCCUAGACCAAAUCAAAUUUAUCAAAACAAAACUCGGCGCAACGGUAAAUGACAUUCUUGCAGGCAUAAUUUUCCUCGGGGUUCGAAAAUACAUGCAAGCAACUGAUACAGAAUCUGGAAACUCAGAAUCAACGGCAUUGGUGCUGUUUAACACUAGGAACAUUGGAGGUUAUAUGACCGCUGAGCAAAUGAAGAAAGCACAAAUGAAAAUAUGGGGGAACCAAUUUGCAUUUUUGCAUAUAGCAAUACCUCAAUUAAUCAAUGACAAAUGCUCGAACCCCCUUGACUAUGUCUAUGAAGCACGAAAACAGAUCUCUAGGUUCAAAAGCUCACCAUCAGUCUAUCUAACAGCUCAGUGCCUAGAGCUGCUAAGGAAAUGCAAAGGACCUGAGGCAGCAGCUGAAUUUAUCCAGAGUACAACGAAUAAAGCAAGCAUAUUAAUGACAAACAUGAUUGGUCCAAUUGAACGAGUGACGAUGGUUGAUCAUCCAGUUAAAGGCAUGCAUUUUAUGGUUACCGGCAGUCCUCAGAGUCUAGUACUAACAAUUAUGAGUUAUAUGCAAACUGUGAGGAUCGGAGUAGGGAUUGAAAAGGGCUUCAUAGACUCACACAGGUUGGAAUCAUGCAUCAAGAAUGCGUUCGAGUUGACAUACGAGGCCGCUACAAAUUAAGAGAAAACAAGGGCGUCAAACAAUAAAGAUAUGUAGUACCUAGAUCAGAAUGUUGGUACAUGUUUUUUUUUACAGUGUUGGUACAUGUUGGAAUGGAGUGGAUGAGACUCAGCACCUAUGUUGUCUUCUAGGUCAACAAUAUCAUAAGCAUUCUCUACAAAUAUGGUAUUUUGAAUUGAAGAUUUUUCCUUUAAAUAGUCCUAAAUCCAAUUUGUCAUACACAGACUAGUCAACUAGUCUAAUUACUCUUAUAUCCCUGUAUGAGUGUAUGUUGGUUAUUAUCCGUCUUUUUUAUUGUGUAACAAUUAAUAUCAACUUAUAUGUGGGUUAUUCUCUUAAUACUAGAAGAAAAUGGUUCACUAGUAGUUAUAUUUAGUUUAUUACAUACACUUGUAUUCUUGCGACUUCAUUUC